AGUUGAUAAAUUUCUGUUUAGGGAGGUGGUCGCAGUCGUUGUCCGUCGCCAUUGGCAAGGAUUUUAAAAACAAUCAAACAUGUCGAAGCCUGGAAAUUUCAAGAAUCCAUUUUCAAGACCAUGGAUGGCUGAAAAUGGGGCAGCGGCUGCGGCUGGGGGUUCAGGGACGUCAGGACUCAAAGGAGUAGUAGCCGGCGGCAUAACUGGUGGCAUUGAAAUUUGUAUCACAUUCCCGACUGAAUACGUAAAAACACAACUGCAAUUGGACGAGAAAGGUGGCACCAAAAAAUAUUCUGGUAUUGUAGAUUGUGUCAAGAAAACAGUCCAGGGACAUGGAUUCUUUGGACUGUACAGAGGCCUUAGUGUGCUACUAUAUGGCUCUAUACCUAAAUCUGCUGUGAGAUUCGGUGUAUUCGAACAAGCUAAACAGUACAUGUUAUUAGAAGAUGGCACCCUCUCAAAUACUGGCAAGUUGACAUGUGGUUUGGCGGCCGGUGUGGCUGAAGCUAUAUUCGCUGUCACACCUAUGGAAACUGUCAAGGUCAAGUUUAUUAAUGACAUGCGGAUGGAGAAACCGAGGUUCAAGGGAUUCUUCCAUGGCGUCAGAACAAUCGUUAGAGAGGAAGGAUUUGGUGGUGUGUACAAAGGUGUCACCGCUACUAUCAUGAAGCAGGGCAGCAACCAGGCCAUCAGGUUCUUCGUAAUGGAGUCCUUACGAGACUGGUACAAGGGCGGUGAUAGAGACAAGCCUGUGCCCAAAUAUAUAGUGGGUCUCUUUGGUGGUGUCGCAGGUGCCGCCUCUGUCUUCGGAAACACACCAAUCGACGUAGUGAAAACUCGAAUGCAAGGUUUAGAAGCGACAAAGUACAAAAACACCUGGGACUGCUUCGUGAAGACCUGGAAGGCUGAAGGACCGCUCGCCUUCUACAAAGGUACCGUGCCACGACUGAGCCGAGUCGUUUUCGACGUCGCCAUAACCUUCACAAUAUACGAUAGCAUCAUAGACGUAUUCAACAUGGUAUGGAAGUAACUCGCAUUUAGAAAUGUUAAAACAUUCAUGUACAAAACUUCGAUCGUUUGAUAGAAUUUAAGUAGAAAACUAAGUAUUGAUAUACAACGAGGUAUAUUUUUGUAUGACAAAAAUGUUACGUGUUUAUUUAUUUGUGUAGCUGAACAUUGUCAUAUAGUUUUUUUAUGAGUUUUAACCACGGAAGCAGUACGUUAAAGUUGUGAUUUAUUGUUCAAUUGCCAAUUUUAUUUUUAAGAGCAUUUUUAUUUAUUUAUAUGACUGCAGUUUAUUUUAUACAAUGAAAUUAAAAGUCGAGUUCUCAAAUAAUUUUAAGGACAUUUUAAAGCUGUGUGUGUGCGGUAUUGCUAAUAGGCCUAACAUCGUCACAACAUAUAUAUAUUUUUAGAGGUACAGUUAUAUCUGCACUUAUCUUUAUACAAUUAUUAUGUAUGUAAUAUGUUAUUCGACAGUCUAAGUCAUUAUAGCAGUCAGAAAUGUCAAAUAUAGGUAUACAAAUAUUGAAAUAUGAAAUUGGUACUGAAAACGUGUAGAAACAUAUGUACUCGUAGUAAAAACAGUUUUUUACGUAGUGAUUCGCAUUUUAUGACAAAAAUUGAGACAAUCUUAGUGCAUUUUAUACUAAGUGUAAUCGCAAAUAUAUUUAAAGAGCAGUAAUUUGAAUUUAACCAGUUGUGGAUAAUCGUCAUUGAUUGGUUGUUAAUCGAUUUUGAUUUAAAAUGCCUAUCCCUAGUUGUAAACAUCACGACAAGUGAGCAAAAGUUACUCAUAUUUCAACAUUCAUUUUUGUUAUUAGACUUGUCUUAUUGGAGCUCGGUAAUUUUUACAGUUAUAUAGGUAUCUAAAAUUUAAAAAUAUUAAAAAAAUAUAUGCAUAUACCCAUAUUCAUCAAUAAAAUUGUUCUCUAUAACUGGUUUUGAUCAAAUAAGUGAGAGUCUAAAUUUUCAUGAAAACCUCAGUCAUCAAGGUGCUUAGUUAUAAGAUUAACCCUAAAACCACAUAGAAAACAUACAUUAUUAGCAUAAAAUGCGAAGAUAAUAAUACCAUUUAAUUGUUAUAUUGCCUACGAGUAAUUUGUUGUU